GACCCGCUACAGUACAGACUGCGCCGCGAUGAAGAGCAAGACGAGUCUGCAGGCCACAACCACGGCCUCGAUCGAGGAGACCCAGUCGUGGUCGAGCAUCGUGCUCAAGGACAAGCUCACACUGGAGCAUGCCGCCAUCGACAUCAACACGGACCGCGUCCUGUACCACUUGCACCUGGAGCUCGAGCACCCGAUCCCCGAGCCGUACCUCGCGAAUGCCGAGUACAUGAAGCUGACGUGGCCCGUGGGGGGCAUCUGGAAGAUCAUGCACCUCAGUGACAACAACCGCAAGGUGCACUGCAUGUCGUGGCGCAAGACGGAGAUGGAUCACUUCGAGGUGGAGGAUUUGGCCAAAAAGAUCGAGGCUGCUGGAGUCUCUGGGGACCCGAGCAAGAGCAACAGCUCCACGUUGGCCGCAGCGGAAGCGGACUACUUGCCGCCGACUUUCCACCCUGGGCCGUUGACCGCGCACUUGAUGGCUGGCUUCUCGCCGCUUGAGGUGCAGAUCGAAGUGAACGCUAUUACGUCCGUGGACACGGUGGGCCAGACGUUCACGGCGGACGUGACGUGGGAGGUGACCAUGCCUGCAAUUACAACGAUCCGUGAAGACUCGGUGCUGCGCGAGUUGAUGGACAUCCUCGAGUUCGACGAGAACCAGUUUGAGUUUACGAACGUCAACUCGAUGCAAGAGGAGCGCGACAUGACCUCAAGCCUCUCGCCUGCAGGUCCAGUGCACUUCACGGACUCGACUAGUCUCGCGAUGCCACUCAAGUCCACGUCGGAGUUUCUGAGUCAUCUCAUGUUCAGCCGUCGUGUUGUUGCUGUCUUCAGCGAGGAAAUGACCCUGCGUAAAUUCCCCGUGGAUCAGCAGAAGCUGACGUUCGCGUUCUCAACCGGAACGGGCGUCCGUCAGCCUCUCCGAAUCACUGCGGGGGCUGUGGACGCUGGAACCUUCGCCAUUGCGAACUACAAGCUCGGCAACGUGUUCGACGUGGUGCAUCAUGACAAGGUUUUCAUGAUGCUGGAGCGCCGGCCUGGUUACUACGUGACGAAUGUGGCCAUUCCCGCUGGGAUUAUCACGUACUUGUGCUUCAUUUCGUACGCCCCGCUGUCGGACGGCUCACUCAUGGACACCGGUGACCGCGUUCAGAUCGUGCUGACGUUGCUGCUUACUGCUGUGACGUUCAAGAACCAAGUGGCGUCUCUCACGCCGCAGAUUUCGUACUUCACCACACUGGACAAGUACGUGUUCUUCUGCUUCAUCAUCGCCUGCGUUGUCGUGAUUGAAAACGCGCUGUUCCCCAUUGUGGCCAAGUAUUUCUCAGAGGAAAACUCCUGGAAAGAGAAGAAGUUGCUCUUCUUCUUCUUCACACUCGUGAACGUCCUGUGGCUCAUUUACAUUGUGAUAUUCGUCAAGUCCCGUAAACGCGCGUCGAAGGUGCUGCUUAAACUGUGCCUCACGAACACUUGGAAGGGUGCCACUUCCAGACGUGGGAGCUCCCCAAGAUCAGCAGCGCUGAGCUCGGAUAUCUGCACGUUCAGUUGCCGGAGGACGAGCCGUCACGAACCAACAACGUCGACAAGAGGCGUAAACUGCACUCGAAAACCCGCCAAGUCGCCGAACAGAAGAUGGAUUCGUUUAGGGACAUUUACGCAAAGUUGA